CGCUGGAGUUUAUCAGUCAAUAAGGAAGGUCGGCAUUUGUCUUUUCUGUCGGUAAACUGUUUCACAGAGCCCGUUUACUUCUGGCGAGUCUUAUUGUUGUAAGUUGCCAUCACCAGCUCGAGGUUACGUCGAGUGAUAAGAGUUAAAAUGGAUGUAGAUUCUGAACGAGAGACUACCAGUCUUCUUAUUAAAACGCCCAACCAGGCUCAGGAGGACCAGACCAUUGAAGGUGUCAGUCUGAAGUGGACCGUGAAGGAGCUGAAGAAGCACUUGUCGACUGUCUACCCAACUAAACCGGCUGUGACUGAUCAGAGGCUGAUCUUCGCUGGUAAACUGCUGCCUGAUCAUCUGCAUAUCAAAGAUCUCUUCAGACAGAUCGGCACCACUCCCACGCUGCAUCUGGUUUGUCCUAUGAGGAAUCCACCCCAAGGAUCAGCUGGAGCUAAGACCAGAAAGACAGAACAACCACAUCCCUCCAGUCCAAGGCCCACUUCAGCUUCAUCUGUCCAGAGUCAGAGCACACCAGAACUGAGGCAGAGGAGGGAGACCUCUUCAUCCUCAUCUGCUACCACAGCAGCUCCACAGGAACCUCCUGCAUGGGCCCCGACAGCAAUGACUGGAGCAUCACAGUUGACCCAUCCAGCCUUUCCCGCCUUAUCCCUGUACAGCCCUCAGCAGCUGCUGUGGCUCCAGCAUGUCUAUGCGAGACAAUAUUACAUGCAGUAUCAUGCAGCUCUGGCAGCAGCAGGCUCUGUUCCCUCAGCGCCUGCAACAACCGUUGGUCAGUACCCACCUGUUCCCGCACACCAAGUUCCCGUCCCAGCCCCCAUAGCCAAUCAGAACCCCAUCGACAACCUGCCGGCCAAUCAGAACCCGGUGCAGGACGGCGCCUUCAUCAACCCAGGGGAGGCGAACCAGAACAUGCGUAUGAACGCGCAGGGCGGGCCUGUGAUGGAGGAUGAGGAGGACCUGGAGCGCGACUGGCUGGACUGGUUGUACUCGGCGGCGAGACUUGGAGUUCUGCUCAUGAUUGUGUACUUCAACUCCAACCUGAGUCGCUUCCUGCUGGUGAUGAGCACGCUCUUCCUCAUGUACUUACACACUGCUGGCUGGUUUCCCUUCAGAAGGAGGGCUCCAGUUCAGGGACCCAACAAUCUGCAGCCCCCCGAAGUCCAACACAACCAGCUGAACGAAAACGGGAACGCAGAACCGACUCCAGCAGACGGGCCAGCUGACGAACAGAUGGAAGAACCUGCAGCUGAAGGAUCAGAGGAACCAAUGACUGCAGUUUUAGUGCCUUCUCACCGGGUGUCAGUGGUGUGGUCAGCCUGGGUGUUCUUGAAAACAUUUUUCUCCUCCCUCAUACCCGAGGUUCCUCAGGGUUUGGCCAACUGAGCACCCGGGACGGUCGCCUGAUGGAGACUAGAGCCUCCCUAGAACAACAAACCAUCAAGACGAGCUGCGGUGUGCCGGUGAUUGUUUCUGUGAGAGGGAAAACGAAAGAAAGCAGCCUUUAAAUGACCAGUACUGUGGACCGUAACGAAGGACAAAAACACCAUCACUGUACCCAACAGUUCCCGGUUCCUGGUUUAAGUUUUGGUCCCACCCUCAUGUUUGUGUGCAGCAGCGCGAGGCCUUACACGACACAGACGGUGAAUCUGGUUCCCACCUCACUGUUUGCAUGUGUCUGGUCUGUUAAAGUUGGUUUCUGACUCUGGAGGCAAAGCAGACAAACAAUGUUUAAAUAGUGGGAUUAGAAUAAUACCCAAGAGGAAACUGACUUUAAAGCACUGAAAAUAGUUCAGUGACUUUUACAGUCAGGACAGAAAUAUGAAUCCAUGUUUUAUUUGACUUUUAUAUAAGAUUGUUCUAAUUAACAGAACAAGGAGUUUAAGUAAGUUUAAGUAGCGUUAUGUACAAGAAAACCUGUUGUUCCAAACGGAAAUGUUCUUUUCUCACCUGUUCUUCCCAGCUCUGCUUUAGGUGGAUUCUUCU